GAACUGUCUUUUUGUUUGUUAAAGUGUACUAGUUGCGUAAGGCACUAUAGAAAUAAUAUUAAACCUACAAUGCCAUGAGAAGGACAUGUUCUACUAGAUCUAUACUUGAGAUGUGAGACUUGCAGUUGAAUUCAGGUGCAUGCUACUCAGUCCAACCUUUCAUCAGUUCAUGCUCCAGAGAUCUGUCCAUUAUUGCCAAAAUCUCCUGCACAGCUUUUCAACAAGAAUUAAUAAAUACAAAGGAAUAAGUGCCUUAUAAUUGGAUCUGAAAGGACAAACAGAUGGGUUAUGAAAGCACUAAUACUUGUUCAAUAAACACACGUCUAUUACUAGCAAACCUGAAAAAAAUUCUGCAAAACUUGUAUUAGCCUGUUCCUACAAAUCCCAUAAUCCACAGCCACCACCUCUUGGCGCUCUUCACUUCAGCAGGAAGUUUAUUAGCUCACGGUGCCAAUUCUGUUGAAACAGUCCUGUGUCUACACAAACACUGGUGGGGGUUGGAAGAAUUCUACUUUUUAGACAUGGUGUUCCGUCCUCUCUGAUUCCGACCAGCUUUGGGUACAGUCUUUCUGACAACCACUAUGGAGAAGAUUGAAGAACAGUUUGCUAAUUUGUGCAUAGCAAAACGUUGUGCACUAACUGAAGAUUCCACUUACUUACUGGAUAUAGAUGUUUCAAAAUCUGUUCUAGCAGAAAGCAACCACUUAGUUGCUGUUUCAUGUUCCAAUAAAUCAAUUAAAGUAUAUAAUAGAGAAACAUUACACUUGCUAAGGGAGUAUAGUGGCCAUCCUGGAUUACUUAAUGGAGUCAGAUUUGCUCAUACAAGUGAGAAUAUGUUGUUUUCAGCAUGCAGUGAUGGCACAAUAAAAUGUUGGGAUACUCGCUUAGCUACUCAGAAAACUAUACAAUUAUUCAGUGGUUAUCCUUCAAAUGUUUUCAUCAGCUUUGAUAUUAAUUGCAGUGAUCUUAUAGUUUGUGCUGGGACAGAAAAAGUUGAAGAGGACACAUUCAUGGUGUUUUGGGAUGCAAGAAGUAAUACAAACUAUGCAUGCACUGCUAAAGAGCCCUUAGGAACCUAUUCAGAGACUCACAAUGAUGAUAUCACUAAAAUAUGUUUCCAUCCUAACAAACCCAAUUUGGUAGUGUCUGGAUCAACUGAUGGAUUGGUUAAUGUGUUUGAUAUUAACAAGGAAAAUGAAGAUGAUGCUUUGAUUGCAACUUGUAAUUCAAAUUCAUCAGUAAGUUUUAUUGGUUGGUCUGGGAAAGAUUAUAAACAGGUAUAUUGCAUGACUCAUACGGAAGGAUUUUGUUGGUGGGAUCUUACUCAAAUAGAUAGUGAGGAACCAAUGACAUUGUUGCAGAUUCCGGAUGUCAGAGAAGUAGUCUUCACUGAAAAUAGCAACUUAAACUAUCUGAUAGGUGGCUUGUACCAUGAAAAGGCAGACAAAUUGUUUGUUGUUGGUGGAACAGCUAUGGGAAACAUUCACCUAAUAAACUGUGGCAUUGAUGGACUGAGCCUUGUGGGCACCCUUCAUGGAGGGCAUUCUGCUACAGUUCGCUCAUUCUACUGGAACAUGACAGAUGAUUCUUUGUUGACUGGUGGAGAGGAUGCACAGCUGUUGCUAUGGAAACCUGGAGCUGUGGAAAGGUCCCUGGUAAAGAAGGCAUCUAUGAAAAUUGCUUCCUCCGUUCAGCAGCGAGUGAGAGUUCACAGAAACUCUCUCAAAAGCAAGAAAAAGUAAAAUUAUGAAAACAGGACUCUUAAAUUUGUAGAGUUUUUUACUGUCCCGAGCAAUAUAUUUGGGGUGAUGAUUUAUUUGCACUAUGUGGCAAAUAUAAUUUAGUAUGUAAAUUUUACCUAGAAAUGACCCUCACUUUAUCAUGUGAAUAACUUUUUAAAAAAAAGCAACUGAUACUUAUUAAAAGGGUAAACAUUUACUUUGUAUUCAUUGAACAAAGUAUGUCUUAAAAUAUUGUAUAUUUUUAUAUCAAAUUGAUAUCAAAUAAAAAAUAUUGGCACAGAGAUCUUGGAUUAGAAUAAAAGCCUGCAACUUGUAUACUUUAUAUUAUUGCCCACAGUGAAAUGUUUUGGACAUAUUUAAAAAGAUUUCAGAUUUGUAGCCAUCUUUUUCUUACAGAUAAUUUAAUGAAUGAAAUUGCUAAAUAUAUUGAAGACUUAGUUCUACUUACUAAUUCUUAGAGGAAGUACUUAUUGAUGAAAUAGAGAAAAGGUGUUGUUUUGCAUGAUUAUCUCACUAUUUAAUGACAAGUAUAUAAACAGUAGUUCACAGAACACACUUUAUAGCAGGUAUGUGUGUUUGUUCUAGAAAACAGUAAUACUAUAUCCGAAGUACCUGUAGCCUUUUUUAUGCUUAUGAAAAGUGUUUAUAAUUGACAAUAUUUGGGUGUUUUGAUUAGAAAAAAAUAUCUCCAAUCUAAUGAAAAUUGCAAGCUACCCCACGCUAUCCUGGCAAUAUAUCUUAAUACUGACCUGGAAGACCUAUAAAGACUGAGGAGGUAGGUCCGUCUCAGUGGGUCAUAGGAAUUGAUGCACAUGAUCUCCCCAGUGCUCCAUCUAGUCCACUACCUAUUUUUGACAUGCCAUCCCACAUCCUCAUAGGAAGAUACAGAAAAACGUUCAGAAUAUAGUUAUGGAAUAACCUACCUAUAGAGAGUUUGUUUUUAACCCCCUUUAGCUUCUGCCCUGCAAUAUAUGCACAGUAAGUAACUAGGCUCUUUAGAGCACAAAUACUACUCUCUGUGGACACCUCUCUAGGAGCAAUGAGAUUUCAGAAAUCUCACCAAACAGCUGUUGGGUGGUGUAAAAAUUACCUUAUACCUCCUAAGUUGUUGUUUGUCUCAUUCUGCUCCACUGGCACUUUUUAACCUCUGUGCCUCUGACUCUGAAAGUUGCCUUUAUCGUAUUCUGCCCUCCCUAAGGUUGUAGUAACAUUCAUAUCAAAUGUAUCAGUCAGUAAUUACUCUAGAUUUAACAGAUAAGGACUAUGCUUCAGUGAAGCUUAAACAAAUGUAAGAAUUGGUAUUUUACAGGAUAGAGAGAGCAUGGAAAUCAAAAUGAUUGUAAGUUUAAUACACACAUAUGUACUUUGACAAUAUUUACAGACUGCAUCUAAACUUGAAAAUACCCUGUAGUUUGAAGUAAA